AUGACGAUUCUUUUCUUCUUCCUCUGUGUUUCCUUUCUCCUCGCCGCCGGCGGCGGCGCCGCCUACUCCGACGAAGAGCUCAAAGCCUACAUUGUUUUCGUUGAUAUCCCACCGCCGGUUUCUGCGUAUGAUUCCGGCGACUACAACUCCCUUUUGAAGAACGUCGCCGGCACUUUGGAGAUCGAAGAAGAUGAUGCGGCAUCGAGGGUUAUACACUCCUACCGGAAUGUUAUGACCGGAUUCUCGGCGAUGUUGACGGAGCGGGAGGUGGCGGCUUUGUCGAAGGUGGACUGGUUCGUGCGCGCCGUUCGGAGCUCUGUUUACCGUCCGCUGACCACCCACACGCCGCGGUUCCUGGGGCUGCGCCACCGCACCCAUAGCGUGUGGAACAUCACCGACAUGGGCGAAGGCGUCAUCAUCGGCAUCCUAGACACCGGCAUCACCCCCGGCCAUCCUUCGUUUGACGACCACGGCAUUCCGCCGCCGCCCGCCAAGUGGAAGGGUCGGUGCGACUUCGGGAACGCGUCGUUGACGAAGCAGUUCUGCAACAACAAGCUCAUCGGCGUUCGGUCCUUGGUCAAUUACGACCGGUCCCGGCACCGGUCGACGGUCUCGCCGAUCGAUACCGGCGGCCACGGAACUCACACGGCGAGCACCGCUGGCGGCGCGUUCGUGAAGCACGCCAACGUGUACGGGCUCGCCAGGGGCCUCGCCGCCGGGGUGGCCCCGCAUGCGCACGUCGCUAUGUACAAGGUGUGCACGGACGACGGGUGUCAGGGGUACGACGUACUCGCCGGCAUGGACGCCGCGGUGGAGGACGGCGUUGAUGUGCUUUCCAUCUCGCUCGCCGGCGAGCCUACUCCCUUCUACGAUGAACCGGUCGCGAUCGGCGGGUUCCACGCCAUGAGCAGAGGAAUUUUCGUCAGCUGCGCUGCUGGCAACUCAGGGCCGUACCCUUCCACCGUAUCCAACGACGCGCCGUGGUUGCUCACGGUGGCAGCGAGCACCAUGGACCGCUCGUUUUCGGCCACCGUCAAGCUCGGCGACGGCCGCCAGUUCCGCGGCCAGAGCUUGUACCAACCGCGGGGAUUCUCGCCGAAGAAGAAGUACCCUCUCGUGUUGCUCGACGGCAGGGCCAGGUUUUGCCUCGAGGGUUCCCUGGACGGCGUCAACGUGAAGGGAAAGAUCGUGUUCUGCGACCGCGGUGGCAAUCCCGCCCUCCCAUUGGAUGAAGUCGUCAAGCAAGCAGGCGGCGCCGGCAUAGUGUUGCCCAACUAUGAUUUAGACGGCUAUAGCACUUACGCCAGCCCCCCCCUCGCCGUCCCGGGGUCUAACAUUCCUUACGCCGACGGACUUAAGAUCAAGGCCUACAUCAACUCCACUGCCCGCCCGACGGCCUCCAUCGUGUUCAGUGGCGCCGUCACUCACGUGCCCCGCUCGCCGGCGAUCACCUCCUUCUCCUCCCGCGGGCCCAGCCAAAUCACGCCGGGGAUCCUCAAGCCCGAUAUCACUGGCCCCGGAGUCGACGUCCUCGCCGCCUGGAACACGGAAAAAUUCUACGUCAUCUCCGGCACCUCCAUGUCCUGCCCGCACCUUUCCGGCGUCGCCGCCCUGAUCAAGAAAGUCCACCCCGAUUGGUCGCCCGCCGCCAUCAAAUCCGCCAUAAUGACCACCGCAUACGUGAAGGACAACACCAACAAACCCAUCCCCGACGAGACCAACCUCCCGGCCGAUCUCUUCGCCCUCGGCGCUGGCCAUGUCAAGCCGCUAAAGGUCCUCGACCCGGGGCUCGUCUACGACAACUCGCCGGAGGACUACUAUCCCUACCUCUGCGGCCUCGGUUAUUCUGACCAUCAAAUUCGAUCCAUCGUUAACCGGAAAAUCAACUGCUCGUCGAUCAAGAGCAUCCGAGAAGGAGACCUGAACUAUCCCUCCAUCACCGUCCGAUUGCCUGCGAACCAGAAAAGGACGGUGACUUUCACGAGGACCGUGACCAACGUCGGCCAUUCCCCGGCGACGUACUACGCGAAGGUGAAGGUGCCGAAGUUCGUCUCGGCGGUUGUGGUACCGAGAAGCUUGACGUUCGAGCGGGUGAAUGAGAAGAAGAGCUUUAAGAUCAGCUUCAAGCGACGCGGCCGCCUGGGAGCACGGAGGCCGCCGGUGAUCGAGGGGCAACUGAGGUGGGUUUCACCGGCGAGGGCUGUGGUGAGGAGCCCAAUCUCCAUCUUCCUCAAGUGA